AUGUCGUACUAUGACGAGAUCGAAAUCGAAGACAUGACCUUCGAUCCCACUUUACAAAUCUACCACUAUCCAUGUCCCUGUGGCGAUCGAUUUGAAAUUUGUAUCUCGGACCUACGCGACGGUGAAGAUGUUGCCGUCUGUCCCAGCUGCAGUUUAAUGAUUCAAGUUAUCUUUGACAUGGUUCGUUCUGCGUUGGAAUGUGCCCUUGCCUAUUCUCAUCCUAACUGGUGCCACCAGGAAUCAUUACCGCAAGAAGAACCCGAAGUCAACGAACAAUCAGACCAAGUCGCUGUGAUAGCGUGAAGAGGACCGACUUUCGUCGACAUUGUUUCGAUAUGCCUGCGAUUUCCAUACCUCAGUCGUUGAACGACGUUCAAGCAACCAUGGAUUGGCGUCUCCUACAAGUUGGGCAUGGACAGACUAGUCGGGUGGAAGUUGUCCUUGAGACUAUGAUACAAGCGCAUGGGGGCGAUUCACCUCCCGAACAAACACGAUGUGGAUUGAGGAUGGGCACCC